CUCACCGGCAUUUCCUAGUUCGGAACCAAUGUGUACACGGUUCUGAGAGUUCUUCCCGAUUGUUAUCUGUGGCGACAAUUUUCGUAGCUCUUGGAGGGAAAAAACUCUUGAAACUGCUCUCGAAUGGAUGCACAACUUGUAAGCACUCGCUAGUGCAACUCCCAGAUGGACACCCGCCUUUACUCUUAAUUUUGAUCUUUCCUUGACUUGUACAAUCAUCGCCUAAAAGAAGAUUCAUACAUAAAUGAACGUUUUAUAUUAUAUGAUAAAAAACUGGUGAAUUAUAAAUGAAGCAAAAUUGUUUUGCAAAAAUAACCGUAACUGCAAAAAUAAUUAAUAUUUAUUUGCUUAGCAUAAAGAAUACAAUAAACAAAUUUUAAAUUAAAAUAAUACUUUUGCAAUUUAUAUGGACUGUUUGAAUUUUUGUGUAUUUAUCAAAAUACACAAUGUAUUUGUAGCGUUUCUUAUAAGUAUAUAUUUGACAAGUGUGAUUGAUAUGUAUCACCGAUCGUAAGUGUGUUACAUAGUAUUCCUGAACGUGAAGUGUUAUUAUUGACCUGUCACCACUUAUCAGUCCAUAUGGCAUCACCAGCACCAAAAUCGCCUGAACAAUCUGAAAAGAAUAGAAAAUAUGACAGACAAUUAAGAUUAUGGGGUGAUCAUGGACAAGCUGCAUUAGAAAGUGCUCAUGUUUGUCUCAUAAAUGCUACAGGACUUGGUACAGAGAUUUUGAAAUCUUUAGUCCUCCCAGGUAUUGGAGCAUUUACUAUUGUCGAUGGAAAAAAGAUUAUUAAUGAAGACAUUGGAGCAAAUUUUUUUCUAGAAGCAGAUAGCGUUGGAAAAUCUAGGGCACAAGUAGCAAUGCAAAUGCUAUUAGAAUUAAAUUCAGAUGUUAGAGGUGAUUAUAUAGAUGAAGAACCUGAACAAAUUUUGUAUAAUAGUCCUGACUUUUUCAACAAUUUUACGGUUGUUGUAGCUACAUCACUUACUGAAAAGUCCUUAAUUCUUUUAUCACAGAGGCUUUGGAAACUGAAUAUACCAUUAAUAGUAUGCAGAAGCAUAGGUUUUAUUGCAUACUUAAGAAUUCAAGUCAAAGAUCAUACAAUUAUAGAAACGCAUCCAGAUAAUGAAACACCAGAUUUACGUCUAGAUAAGCCCUUUGAAACAUUAAAAAAGCAUUUGGACUCAGUAAACCUUGAUGAGAUGAGUUUCAAAGAUCAUUCUCAUGUACCAUACUUAGUUAUAUUAUAUAAAUUUUUAGAGAAGUGGAUUAACGAAAAAGGAGAAUUACCCAAAACAUAUAAAGAAAAACAACAAUUAAAAGAAAUGAUAAAAGGAGGAAUGAGAAGGGAUGAAAAUGAUACAAAGAAUAGUGAGGAAAAUUUUGAAGAAGCUAUUAAAGCGGUGAAUACAUGUAUAGGACAUACAAAAAUUCCAGAUAAUGUAACAAGUGUUUUAAAUGAUGAACAGUGUGUUAAUUUAACAACUAAGAGCAAUUCAUUUUGGAUUAUUGCUAAGGCUAUAAAAGAUUUUUGUGAAAAUGAAGGAGGUGGAUUAUUGCCAUUAAAAGGUACUUUACCAGAUAUGUUUGCAGAUACUGAUAAGUACAUAAUGCUUCAACAAAUUUAUCACAAACAAGCGACAGCUGACGCAGAAGUAGUGUGGCGCCGUACAGUACAAUUAUUGCGACAAUUGGGAAAACCGUCAGAUACUAUUUCCGAAAGAGAUGUAAAGUUAUUUUGUAGGCAUGUUUCCGAUAUACAUGUUGAAAGAGGAACAUGUAUCGCAGAUGAAUAUGAUUCUAAAGUAUUUGAUGCAAGUAAUAUAGUGCAAAGUUUAGAAGAUCCAGAAAGUAUGAUGAUCUACUAUGUUGUUCUUAGAGGAAUUGAAAAAUUUCAAACGGAGUAUAACUCAUAUCCAGGCGAAUUUGAUGAUCAAGUGGAGCCAGAUAUUGUCAAACUUAAAGCAUGCAUUUUGAAAUUAUUAAUUGAAUGGGGAUGCGGACCUUUAGCAAAAGACGAUUACGUACAUGAGUUUUGUCGAUUUGGUGGAUCAGAAUUACAUUCUGUAUCAGCAUUUUUAGGUGGUCUUGCUGCUCAAGAAGUUAUCAAAUUUGUUACAAAUCAGUAUAAACCAGUGCACAAUACGUUCAUAUAUGAUGCAGUUACAUCGAAUUCUGGGACAUUUUUUUUUUAAAUUGUUGAAUGUUAAAUUAGUGACAUACUUUUGUAUUAAAUAAAAAAUAUGCAAUUUAUAGUAUACACAACAUUUGUAUAUAUUUAAACUGAUUGUAAACCUUUCUUCAUUUAAAAAUACAAUGAAACAAUUGUUUCAUAAAAAUCAAUAUGUAUGUAUUUGUCACAAGAGGUAUUAAAACUCAAGUUGAACGAGUAUAAUAUCAACACUUUAAUGUAGCAAUUAACUGAUACAUAAGUGAUUUCGUUCUUAUUUAUAAUAAACAACUAUUACUUACAAUAAAUAUGUGUAAGGUGAAAAGCAAA